AUGAGUCCUGGUGAUGCGGACUUUGACGGCCUGCACUCUGGCUACCCAGCGCAAUACCUACCCUCAGCCAACUUCACAUAUUCUGGCGUCAAUUACAUCUUCCCACAGUAUGCCGAGUCUGGCAAUGACAAUGUUCUAGCACAAGGGCAAAAGCUCUCACCACCAAAGGGUCGCUAUUUCAGCGUGCAUCUGCUUGCGGCAGCAGAGACAGCUAUAGCGACUGGUUUUGUGAAUGCUACUUACACUGACGGGUCGACUACAUCGGGGCCGGUUCUUGUUGACCCGUUCUGGAAUUGGCCAUAUCCAUACGGGGGAGACGUCAUCUUUCCGUACCACUUUAAAAAUGACACCAUCGAUUAUAACCGCUCCAUGAUAUUCCAGACCAUUAACUGGUUGGAUUCGACUAAGGAACUCGAGACCUUGCAGCUGCCCAAUGUCACGACCGGAGAUGCCAAUGGCCCCGGAGGCGCUACCGAGGAAACUAGAUUACAUAUUUUUGCCGUUUCGCUGGUUCCUGCGGCCGGCUCUGGCAUUAGUCUCGACGUGCAAUAUGCCAGAUCGACCAAAACGUGGUUCGAGGGCACCAACAAGACGCAAAUCGUGGAGGUGCUGGUUAAUAAUGCAGGUGACGAGUGGGUCCUUGCCAACAACAGCGUCAAAGUCACCGUCUCCGCAUCUGGGCUUCAAACAGUAAACCCAGGCACCAUCAACAGACUGCGGCCUGGUGAUCAAGCACAGGUCAAAGUCGGUGUAGUCAAUACGGAUGGUACCGCACCCGGAACCAGCGGCACUGCCACUGUUCAUAUCGAAGGGAAUGGUGUCAACACCAGCUAUUCGUUCAAUGCGACAUACGGAAUCGCGUCGUACGAACCAACAUUCGAGUCUAUUUACAGCCACGAAUCGUCGCCAUGGUUCAAGGUAAGCUUUAUCCACAAAUCAAAGACCGAGACUGACGCCAAGUACGGCAUUUUCAUCCAUUGGGGGCCCUAUGCUGUGCCAGGUUGGGGUAACGCCGGCAAGAACGAGGGUUACGCAGAAUGGUAUUGGUGGCAGAUGGUAAAGUUUCCUGACCCACAAAGUUGGCUUGUAGUCAUCACGAUUUGCGUUGAGUCAUGUGCUGACUUCAUGUUUCUUCCUGGGCAGAACCAAGGACCUAACACUAGCGUCGGAACCUAUGAGCACCAUCUCGAAACGUAUGGAGAGAAUAUCGUAUACGAUGAUUUCAUCCAAAACUUCACUGCUUCGGCCUACGAUCCCAAGGAAUGGGUUGAUUUGUUCGCAGACGCAGGAGCACAGUACUUCGUGUCAGUAUCGAAACAUCACGAUGGAUAUGCCAUCUUUGAUCUUCCGGAGAAUGUGACAAAGAGAACGAGCGUUGCUCAGUAUCCGCACAAGGACUUGUUACAGAUGCUUUUCGACGCAGCAGAUCAACACCAGCCUCAUCUCCACAAAGCAACAUACUACAGUUUACCAGAGUGGUUCAAUCCUGAUUAUGCUCCGUACGGUUUCGGCUCUUGGCCUGGAGGCAAUGCCACAAACCCGUACACAAACGAGACGCUUCCAUACACUGGACAUGUACCUGUUGAUGACUACGUUACGGAUGUGCUGCUUCCUCAAAUGCUGACCUUGGCAGACAUGGGAACUGAGAUAAUGUGGUGCGACAUUGGUGGACCGAAUCUCACAGCCGAGUUCGCAGCGCAUUAUUUCAACUCAAUGGCAGAGCAAGGAAAACAAGUUCUGCUGGAUAACCGCUGCGGGGUCCCUGGCGACUUUGACACACCCGAGUAUGCUCGAUAUGAAGCCGUCCAAAUCCGCAAAUGGGAGAGCAGUCUCGGAAUGGACCCAUUUUCGUACGGUUACAACCGAGCCACUCCCGACUCAGCAUAUAUCACACCGUCGGGUAUCGUGACCAGCCUUAUGGACAUCAUUUCGAAGAACGGCAACUUCUUAUUGGACAUUGGACCGACCGCCAAUGGUACCAUCAUUGCGAUCGAGCAGGAGAACCUUCGUGCUGCAGGGAAGUGGAUCCAGUCUCAUGCCGAGGCCAUCUUCAACACGACGUACUGGUUUAUCACUCCGGAGGAAGGGAGCACGGUCCGCUUCACGCAGAAUGCUGAUGCAUUCUAUAUCACCACGCUCUAUGCUCCAAACUCAACUCUGGUGCUCAACAGCCCGGUCCCGUAUGUCGCUGGUGACAACGUAGUGAUUGUGGGUGGAAGCAAGGCUGGGACUGUGGUGCCAAGCCAGCUUUUGAGUAAUGGCAGUCUGCAGCUUACCAUUAGCGAGGAGGUGAGAGAUGCUGAUGAAUAUAGCUGGGUGUUCAAGAUUCCCUUUGGCAGUGCGUCAAAGAGUGAGUCAGGCGGGACAGGCCCACCUCCUUCUAGUGGUGGAUCCCGGACGGUGAAGAGCACUGAUUCUGCUGCUUCGUUGAUAUCGCUCCUCACUGUCUCGCUUGCUAUUACGGCGUGGGCCUGCGUUUGA